AUGAAAGAAGAAAAGAAGAUUGUGAUGCCCGCCCCGAGGAGGCGGAGGGCCACAAUUCGAAAGGAUAUUGUGCCGAUUGAGGGCGCAAACAGGAAUCGCUUUGCCCACUCUCUCUACUGGCUCGCCUACAGACAUACCGGAAUUGCUUUCCGGCAUGUGAUGAUGCUCGUCCUGAUGGGCGCCCUGACGAUUGUUGGUGGAUGGUGCUUUUUGCAGAUUGAGAGGCCGGCUGAGCAGCAGAUCUAUGAAGACUCGAUGAACAAACUGAAUGACAUGCUAAAGAUCCAGUCCAAAGACUUGGUUGCUCAAUUGAAAUCUCAAAAUGGGUCGGAUCCAAAUUUGUUGAAGAAUAAAAUUAGGACAGCCUACCAUGCCCUCCUCACAGCGGAAGAGCGAUAUACCAAAUCGGUGUACUUCAAGGUCGAAGACCCGGACGCGAAUUACGCGUGGAAAUGGUACUCCGCUGCCGUAUUCUUUUGUACUAACGCCUUCAUGACCGUGGAUUAUGGUACGGUACCCGCCGUGACGGAUCUUGGACGCUUAAUGACGAUCUGCUUCACGCUAAUCUCCAUCCCACUGGCCGUCGUUGUAACUCGUGACUUGGGACAGGCUAUCCUCUACCAGAUCACUAAGAUGUACAGCUACUGCGCCCGACUUGGAACCCCGACGAAAGAUGAGCCGGACGGAGUAUCGAUUGGCAUCACAAUGGCUGUGGUGUUGAUGUUUGUAUCCUGGUUCUCGUGUGCGGCAUUCACCUACUGGUACGACGGUCUGUUCGGCCCGAAUAGCAUCACGUACUGGGGCGCCCGCGAUCCCGCCUGGAAAUUCGUCCAUUUCUUCGUUGGCAUGCCAUUCAGGAUCGUCAACCGCUGCACUUUCGUCGGAAUCGAGAAAAGUGUCUUCGGCGCGUUCAAGGGCUUCGAGCAGCGCACGGAAGCGCUCUUCCAAAAUCAUGUUGCCGAAAGGAGGGAUUCGAGCUCAACCCCAUCGGAAGCUGGUCCCGGCUCCCCAACAAUCGAUGUGUUUGGCGGAGAUUUCGGUCGUGUCCGCAUCGCUGGAAAGCAACUCGAC